CCAUUGAAGAGGAAAUAAAAAAAAUCCAACCUCUCACUUUAUAAUCGUGGUAAACAUAAUCAUCGGUUUCAUUGGUGCAAGAUAAUCAUUGAAAUAAUAGUCUCGAGGGAGUGAAAAUAUCAAGGGACUGCAAGAGACGCAAAAGUGAACAAGACAUUAAAUAAAAUUUAAUUGUCACAAUUCGGUGGAAAUAUUCCGUUGUUUAACGAGGCUGACGGCGACGGAGUCAUUACGUUGAUCAAAUCCUUUAAAAAUUCAUGCCCCGAUAUCCAAGGAAUAAAUAAUGUUGGUGAAUUGUUCGAUGUUCAGGCGAAUUUCUAGGUUACUGUGACGUAUCCAGAGAAUUUCCACCUGAGAUUAACGGCUGAUUGCAAAUCUGUUGCGUUCUAGCUGUUAUUUAAUUUUUUUUUUCACAUCAAUUUAUUGCAUCUGUUCGGUGAUAUCGCGAGUGAUAGUUGAUCGUCAUACUUGAUGAGUGCAUUGAUUUUUUUAAUACCCAUGGAUCUGUGAAUUGAGCAUUGACUCAUUGUGAUUAAUCAAGAAUUUAUUUGCACCUGUGAAUUGGAUUAUUUUUUUUAAUUAACUAUUUGAAGAUCGACGUAAAGGUUCCAGAGAGAAUCUGAUUCUGAUUCCUCAGAUGCCCACGCGAGAAUGGUGUCGAGGAAUAUCUGAUUGUUCCUCCCCUAGGCGACCAGUAAUGAUUCACUCAGUCAGAUUGGAUCCAAUGUACCCACCUCAGAUAAAUGUGCGAUGAAUAGUAGUGGUUUCCGAGAACGAGGCUUCGGACCACAGGGGCGUUUCGAGGGACCCCAGGGAGGCAACCAGAGCGAUGGUUCACGCCAGAACAAUCGAGGCUUCACCCGUGGCACCUUCAAUCCCCAACGACGAAAUGAUCGUCCCCAAAUGGACAUGUGGAGUCCCUCCAAUCCCCAGCCCUUCUACCCCCACAAUCCCCCCCACAAUCCCCCUCACAAUUCCCCCCAUAAUUCCCCCCAAUCCUGGCAGAAUCGUCCACGUUUCCCAGGUAAUUUGCGACAGCCAUUUCGUGGUGCACCGAAUUUUCCAUUGAGAGGUGGUAGAGCACCAUUUCAGCGAGGCACUGGUCCAGGCUUCAGGUUUCCCAAUGGCAGAGGCAAUCACUACCAGAAUCCAGACUUCAGAUGGAGAUUUCCAUACAGAGAAACACCAGUGCAGGCUGAAAAAUCACUGCCUGAUCCUGGCCCAUUACUUCUGGGCUCUGAGGAGGAGCGAAGACAGAAAAUAACUGAUGCAGUUGACGAAUUGAAGCGCAAAUUGCUGUGCAAUGAUGGCACAUCAGCUGAUGAUGCCAAUCUCUGGGACGAUGACUUUAAUCUAUCAGGGCCGGAGAUUAAUGAUGAGGGAGGACCUAAAGGGAAUCCUGAGCUCAAGCAUGGACCACCUGAGAUCACUCUCACCACUAGUGACCUCAAGGACAUUGGAAGAGUUGAUGUCGACUCUGGACAGAGGUCUGGGGAUAUCGAUGAGCAUGAUCCAGAUUGUCAGAUCAUCGAUGUCGCUAAGAGUGUCAGGACUUUCAGAGAAAUCAUCAUCCACGACACUGGUGAAUCAUUGGAUUUACUCGAUGAGAAUAAUCCUCAACCCCAGACAAACACCCCCGGGGAUAAUAUCGAGUUUACCACUGACAAAACCGUGGAGCCAUCUGAACCCGAUAAUUUCACCCAUGACUUGAACAUGGAAUCAAAUACCGAUACGUAUCACUCAAAUGUGGAAGAAACAGCACCAGAGGACCAGGAAAAUCCUCCAGAUGCCCAUCCAGAUGCCCCUCUAGAUGCCCCUCCAGAUGUCCCUCCAGAUGUCCCUCAAGACGUAGAGGCAAAUCCCGAGGUACCGAAGGACCCAGAGAAUUCCCUUGAAUCAUCGAAAUCAAAAGAAGAUGAGAAUUCCAGUGUUUUAUCGUUAAAUCCCCCAGCACCAGUGGGAAAAGCAUCUCCUGGGCUACUCGAUGUCCCUCAACGUCGUGCCCCAUCCCCCGAGGAUUUUAUUCAUCAAAAGGUGUUGAGUCGACCGAGAGGUGGUGAGAGGAGAAAAAAAGCUCGAGGCUGGCCAGUGGAGCUCACCUCAGAGACUCUCCCUGCCUCUAAUUCUCCAGCAUCUGACUCCAGAGAGUCGACGAGCCUUCAAAAACAAUCACAGAACAUGAAUUUUCCAUCGAAAAUACCAACGAUCAUCACGUGUCAACUGGAGACUCCUGAUGUGACUGUUCCUCCACCGAACCUGGGAUCGAAAACGAUUGAAUUCGAUAUUCUCCAGCCACCACCUGCCUUUGAUCCCAGGAAGAAGAAGAACGAGAUGCCGAUGGGGAAUUUGAUACCAGACUACCAGAUAAUGUGCCCUGGAAAUUUCUCAAUUCCUCCUCCAAUGAUCAAUCUACCAACAAUGGAUUAUGGCAUGGCACCUAGUUAUGGGUCAAUGCCUCCACCAUAUGUCCCCAUGAAUUAUCCACCAGUGAUUCCAUCGUUGGAUUAUCCCACACCACUGGUACCUCCACCUACUCUCAACGCGAAUUUAACGAGAAAUCCAUUGAGCACUAGUUUAAAUCAAAUUCCAAUGCCGAUGAAUCCACCACCACCAAACGACGACGACGCUCUGAAGGAGUUGGAGAAAGCCAUGGAAUUUGCUCAGGAGUUGAUGGGAAUGGGUGAGACUGAUGACAUAAAUUUUGAUAAAGAGUGUGAGAAUGGUUUUGAUAAUUUUCCAACACUUCCUGAUCUGCCACCGCCAUUACCACCUCUGCCGGGGCCACCAGCUGACGAUGACGCCUCGAAGAAGAGGAAAAAGAAGAAGAAAAAGAAGAAAUGCGUGAAUGAAGGGACAGAAUCACCGAAAUAUCCAACAGUGUCCACGUACACUGACGCAAUGAUCUCAUCAGCAUCUGGUGUAUCAUCCCCAGUGGUUUCUACACCCUCUGUACCCUCAACCCCUUGUCCCACGACUCCAUCAACAACACCCCCACGUCGAAUCUCGAACACAACUCCCCCAAUUUUAUCCAAAAAAGAAUUGCUGUCACCGACAAAAGAAGAUCGCCCCAAAGUAACAUUUAACCUAGGUUCAGUAUCAAAAAAGCUGAAUCAAUCGAGUGAGUGGAGACAGAACGUCGUAUCACCUGUAUCCCAGGGUAAAACAAGAACAAAUUCAUCCCCUCAUAAUCAAUCAAUCGAUCAUUCAUCACUAAAACCAGUACCACCACCUGAAACAAUUCACAGACCCGAGAGAACCGAGAAGAAACACGAGAAACAUCUGGAAAAAUCUGAGAACCCACCAGUGGAUCCCAAGAAGACACCAUCCCUGGAUCUCAUGGAUCUUCUGAGAUCCUCACAAUUUGAUCCCCUGAGUUUCUUCUCAAGCCCAUCAUCAAGCGCAUCUCGUCCGUCUCACACACCAGACCCUCCAGAGGCUCUCCCAACAGCAUCAACCUCGAAGAAGUCAUCGAAGGUCAAUUGGAAGGAUCGAGUGAUAGGUCGCUUUCUCAGAAUGUCAAAGAACGAUAUCGAAAACAUGAUAAACAACUCGAACCUCCGAAAAUUCGAUAUCGCAAUGCAGCACCUGGUGAAGGAGAAGAAAUCAUCUCUCUCCAUGGAGAUGAGGAACACUGAGGAUGAGAAGAUGAAGAAUAAUAUCAAUGACAAAGAGGAUUUCAUCCAUCAGUUGAAACAAAUUCUCGAUCCAGCAGCUACUGUUGACAUCUCUGAUCUUCCCACGAGUUUUAUUCAUCAGUUGAGCAAAGUACUUCAGCUUGAUGUACUUCCACAUGAGGAUAACACCGAUGAUACCACUUUAUCCAACCCAGAGACGACAAAUACACCUCAGAUCGAUGAAUUACACCAGAAUGAGUCGUCGCAAAUGUUUGGGAUCAACGCACCUGUUAUUUCCACUGGCGAUACAUUCAAGUUGUCAAAGAUCGAUAAACGAGUGAGUAAAGACACUACAAAGGGCACAGUAACUUGCAGUGAAUCUACAGUCAAUGCACGUACCUCCAAACGCCAUAAAAAUUCAGCAUUUGUUGAUAAUAAUCCACCAAUUCAUCACAAUCAGAAAAAUCCAAUUAAUCAUCAAUUGAAUUCACCAGAUUCGAGAUUAUUGCCACAGGUGUCAGUACCGGAACCUGGGGCACUUAUAAUGGACGAGUUGGAUGAUAUUUUCAGUGCUGGAAUCAACAGGGCGAGGAUGACGAAAAUAUCCAGUCAAAAUUCCAAACAAAAUUCAACAUUUACCCAUAAUUAUGGGAACAAUUAUCCAACAAAUGCUAUAAUAUCGAGGAUUGAGACACCAAUUGUGGACAGAGUUGAUAGAAUAUUUAAUACUGGUAUUGCUAAAGCUAAGGCAGCCUCCAAAGUUGAUGAUCAGAGGAUAAUGAGGUCUAGGAAGGGCUCCAGUGAACUCGAUUUUUUUCGGAAUUUAACGAAGGAGGAGUAUGAUGCCAGGUAUGGAGAGUCAUCUCACUCCUCCCACGACAAUCCAUACAGAAUAAUGAAUCCAAAGCACAGAAAAUUCAGUGAUCAGACUAAUGGAGAGAGGGAUCAUGAUCCAUUAUCGAGAGGUGCACCAUCACCACGUCUGAUGAAUAAUUACGCUGACAAUUCAAGUGAGGGUAUCACAAACGAUGAAUUUGAUAGUGCAUCGUCUUCAGGGAGUUCUGACGAGAGCUCUGACGAGCCCAGCAUUGACGUAUCACGAAUGCUGCGUUUUAUAAAGGAGAGGGAGAAGAUUGCCAAGAAGAAGAGUCUCAAUGAGGAGAUCAGGGACGAAGUGACAGCUGAGAUUGAGCGUAAGCGUAAGGAGAAGAAAGCGUAUAGAGAGCAUCGAGCGUCGAGAUCAAAGAAGAGAGAGAAAAAGGGAAAGCACAGGAGGGAAAAGCAUCGGAAGAAUCGAAAGAAGAAGAAGAAGAGGAGUUAUCAUUCAGCUGGUGAUGAUAAUUCCGUGGAUCGAUCGCUGCCGCUCAUCAGUGAACACGAUAUCAAGAAAGAGCCUGAGGAUGAGGUGGAGAAACGACGAGAAGUCACAGCAUCUCAGGUAAAACGUAAGAAACCUAUGAUUGGACCGAAGAGUGUCAUGGCUAAAGCUGCUCUCAGGCAGGAAGAGCCCAAGACUAUUUCAACAACUCGUUCGUGUUCGAUUCAACCAUGCAAAUCGAUAUCUCAACCUAAAGUAGCUGUUGUUACUGCAGCCUCUGGGGUCAGCAAUCGAUCUUCAAUAGUGGCAUCGCCUUCAAGGAAUUCACCAGCUCACUUUUCACCCAACAGCGUGAGCUCCAGUAAUUCUCAGAUUACGAAUCAGUUGUUGAAGACAAAAGCUCAGCUCAAGCAGAUGCCAGAGGUGAUGAAGAAGACUGAGAAACCUGGAGGAACUGAGGUCUUCAGGAAGGGAUUGGGGAGGAAAGGACCCUCGACACCUCCUCUUCAGGUGAAACCUGUCCCUGAACAUCUGGGAAAAAAUUCGGGAUCUGGUACUGAGAGGGUUGAAUCUGUUUCUGUGAAGAUUGAAGCUGUCAGUCCACCUAAAACCACUUCUUCAGCUUCUCCAGUUCCUCCAGUUUCUACUUGGGGACAAUUACAACAGUCGGGGAAUUCUGGGAGUAAUUCGGAAUCGGUUGAAGCUAGAUCACCUCUGAUAGUCCCUGAACCAUCGGAGAGUGCCAGAUUCACGUUCCUCCAGAGGAAUAAAAUCGUGGAGGACAGGGGAAUUUCUCUAGCUCCAUUCGUCCUUGAUGAUGCGAUAUCUCUGAGAACCAGUGAAACGUCAGAGAAUCAUCAGCAAGUGUCAGCAUCUAGAGUGACAGAUGGUAGUAAAAACUCGGUUAAAACGAAAAAGCUGGACUUCAAGGCAUAUCAGGAGAGAGCGCUGGAGAGAAAAUUACGAGCUGAAGGAAAACUUCCACCUCUUCUAGAAAAAAUCAUUCCUCGUGAAAAUACUCAGGUUCAAUCUCCAGUGGAUGAACUACAUCAAGCCCCCAGUGGCUCCAGAUCCCUCCAGGACUUCGUAUCUCCUCCUGUUAGCUCAUCACCUCCAGUUCUAGUCAAGGAAACCAUCACGAGAAAUUAUAUACCACUUGACAUUAAACAGAAUAAACAAAAGGAUAAAGUGAAUAUUCCAGAGAAAUCACCAGAUGCUUCUGCUCCGAAGAAGAACAUUGUAGCUGAUCAACAGGAUGUGAUUAAGGAGAAGAUUUCACCACCUGCAGAGGCUAGAGUAAAAUUAGAUUUGCGAUCGAUGCCUCCAGGUCCAUUGAGCUCUAAACUACGAAAAAAUACUUCUCUCGGUGAGAAAAAAGAGGUCAGGGUGUCUUCGAUAGCUGCGGGGAGGAAUCCAUCUCCUGAGCCAAUGAAACUUGAGGAGAAACCUGAGAAAAUAGCAGAGAAACCUCUGAAAAAAGGAAAAGUUUCAUUAAAAAGACGUGGCAGUAAAUUCCGUGUGCAUUUCAGAUUUUCCAGGGGAUUGAUCAGUGAUGGUCUACCUGAUAUUGUCCCAGUGGAGGGUCUACUAGAUCCAACAACUCAAAAUUCAAGUCGUCAGGAUGAAGAAAUCCCUGAAGAGACUGAAGAACUCGUUGCACCUGAUCUCGUAAAAUCUCCUGACUUGGAUGCACUGGAGAAAAUGGCGGUUGAUGAUGAGACUAGUGAAAAAUUACCAGAAUUAAGUUUAGAAGAGUCACUAGGAGUUCUUGGAGCAGCUCCAGGAAGUGAAGACCCAGAAAUUCCAGGACUUUCGUCCAUAAAUGCACUAGAACCACUGCAUUAUCGAUUGAAGGAGUCAUCGAGCACUUACUCGGAGGAAAUUCCACCAAUAACCGAGAGAAAUCAUUCAGAAAUAAUUGCAAAUGCAGAAAUCACCCCUGACCUUGAGGAGAGUGGAAUAAUGAAGGAUUCGGAUCCACUGGAAGCCCAGGCGAAGCCCAACGACGAGGUGAGCCUUUCGACAACUGUUCCAGAGGUUCCAGAACCUGGGGAAAUCCCUCCAGCAUCCGCAGAGCUCCCUGUGAGCCUUUCAGAACAAACAAGUUCAGCAUUCUCAAUGGAUCAACUCGAAACACCUCAACUAGAUCCUAAAUGUGAGUCUGAACCUCUGAGCAAGUGUCUAAUUGAAGCACCAGGUGAUUGUCCUGGUGUUCCUGAAGUGCUUGAGCCAUCGAGUUGCCCUCUGGAUCUCCCUCCACUUCCUCCUCCUCAUGAAACCCUUCAGGAAGACGUGUCACCACCAGAACUAUCAAAUUUACCUGGUGAAACCCAGAGCUCAUCGAUCGAGACACUGAAAGAUGUUGAUCUCAAUGAGAGAAACGAUUUGGCUUCACUGAGAGCCGACGAGGCCACCUGGAGGGUACAUCCUGAUCAUCUCAGCUCAGAGGAUCUAGAUAAUCCUCGAAACAUUCCAGAUUCUAAGGAGGAUGUGUCUUUUGCUGAAUCCCAAACGAAUUGGCAGUUGGAGGCAGAAAUAUCGACAGAGGAAUCGAGAAAAAAUGUUGUUCUCCAUGACAGAGCACUUGUGGUGGACACACCUAGGAAUUCUCUACUGGAUGAUCCAAUAGCUUUUGCCACGACCAAUAAUUCACCGUCGAACGAAGCUCCUGAUGAAUUCGGUAUUCUCUGUGAGAAUGACAUCCAGGGAUCGAUCUAUGAGAAUCAAUUGGCGGAGAGUUCACCAAUUGAUUUGAUUAAUGACUCGUCUCUUCCAUUGAGAACGUCAUUCACACCUGAUGAUGAAAUUGUCAGUGGAUUUCAGGAUGAGGAGAUCAAUCAGGUGAAUCAGGUGGCUAUUGUGGUGAGGGAGUUGAUGGACGUUGGGAAGAAGAGUUCACCCGACAGAUUGCCCUCUUUGAUACUCCAGGGGAUGAUCCGGGACGUUGAUGAGGAGAUUAAGACACCUGAGGAGGCAGAGGACGAGGAAGUUGGUGAUAUCCCUGGGACAGGUGUUCAGGGAGUUGAGAACAGGGAUGUCUCCGUCUCAAAAGUGGAUGGAGAACCUGUUGGGAGUCACGAGGAAGCUGAAGAAAGCCCGAAGACAUCUGAAGACAUCGAUACAACUCUGGCUGAAGUGGAGGAUGAUAUCAAGAGUCUUGAGGAAGCUGAGAAAAGUGCUGUACCUGAGGUUGAGAAUAAAAUACUUGAGGAGGUGGAAGAGGAUGUAAAGGCACUGCAAGGGGCUGAGGUAACGCAGGAAAUACCUGAGGAGCAUCAGGCAAUUGAUAAUUUGGGAGGAAGUAUUGGGCCACCUGAAGAAUCCGUACCUGAGAAUCAAGUACCUGAGCCAGAUGUUUUACCUGAAAUGCAGGUGCUAGCUCCUGAAGAGGUUGAACAGUCACUGAAUUCACUGGCGUCUGAGAAGUCCGUGACAUCUCAAUCCGCAGCAACUCCAAGACCAAGUUCAUCGAGACUCGAAGAGUCACCAGUCCCGGAGGCAUCAGCAUCUCCUAGAAAUAAAGAUGAUGAGGAUAUAUCGAACGAAUCAACUGCGAAGGAAGAAAACCCCCCGAUAACGUCUCAGGAGGAUAAAUUGAAAUCCUCCGAUCUCCCUGAAAAUCUUCAGAACAAAAUCGAUGAGUCCUCAUCAUCUUCAAGGCCUUCCCCCACUCCCUGGGCUCCAUCGCCGACGCCUUCAGGGCCUUCGCCACUUCCUGAGACCUCGAAGCCGGAGGAAAAAUCAAAAACGAAAGAUCCAGUCGUCGAAAAAUCGAAGGAUCGUUACGCCAAGAGACAGAGGGACCCGGAUCCCCUCAAAAGACUCAACAAAUCAUCCCUAGGGACUAAAGAGCACAAAAAGCACCGGCACCACGACAAGAAGAAACUAAAAAUCACGGAGAAACAAGUGGAAGAGGCAGUGAAAGCAGACAUCGUUGUGGUCCAACCGACGACGAAGAUCGGAGUAAUGGCGAGGAUGAGGGAGAUAGACAUCGCCAUUCAGAAUCUAAUGAAUGAAAAAAUGACCCUGUACCAGAUGCUGCAGAAUGACGAGUGGCCAGUUCCCCAGGGGGACGUCCCAGAUGCACCAGCAGUCGACCAAAAAUCCAAAGGAAAAGUGAACAACACUCCAGGGGAGAAAUCCACUGUCAAGAAGGCACUCAAGGUCGUGCCUCGAUUGCCUGAACCUUUAGAGAUUAAACAGUCCAGUACUCCAGAGACUCAUGUCAAAUCUGACCCCCCAGUGCCACCCUCUGACACAAUUUCUACUGUAAAACCCCAGAAGACACCGAAAAACGAGGAAAAACGACAUUGGGAGGACAAAAUUCCUCAUAAAGCUAAAAAACGAGCACACAGCAAAGAAGAUAAUGAAGUAAUUAAAUCGAAAGAGGCAAGACGAGAGUCAACCAGCUCUGUUCAUUCCAAAGUAUCAGAAGACAGCAAGAGAGAUAAAAAGGCGAAAACUCCUGAGGCACCACCGAGAAAAGCAGUGAAAUUGUCUCAGCUGAUUGCUCGUGACUUCAAGCCGAAACCAUCGCCUCAGAAAUCUAGAUCCAGCAUCACCGACGAGAAGACACGAGAUAAUCGGUCUAGGAGUCUCGAGAAGUCCUCGACAUCAUCGUUGAAGCAUAAAAAUGCAUCGCACGUCGAGAGCAACGAGAGAUCAGAGAGUGGAGAUAAUCCAAAGAGUGAAGACAAGAGAAAGAAGAAGAAAUCGAAUAAUUCAGCAGCAGACAAUCAACCUCUACUUUACUCUGAUGAGAGCACUCUGGAUUCUGCUGAUCGUGUUAUCAAUGAUCAGAAGAAGGCGACGGGAUUGGCACUGCUCGAGGAAAGUAUGAAGAGAGAGACUGGGAUGAAGAAGAAACAGGACACGAAGAGAUUGAAGGAAACGACUCCUGAUGACGAUGACGAAAUUGAUUUGCCUAGGUCGGUCUCGUCGAAGAAGAAGAAUCAGAAGAGGUCCACUCACGGGAGAAAAUCCAUGACUGAAUCAACAGGUGAUCCUAACGUGGGGAAACAUGUAGCUGAGAUAAUCGAUGCUGUAGCUAAAAAUCGAAUUAUCAGUGUGGAGAAACCUGGAGUCGCGAAGAAAUCAGAGAAGACUGAGAAAAUUACUGAUAAGUUGGAGGAGGUGAAGAGGAAAACUAAAGAUGAUUCAGAGAAGGUGCAGGAGUCGAGGACUGAGGUGAAGCCCCUGAAGAAGGUGGACACGAAGACGAGUCUCGUUGACUCUGAGUCGUCAGAUGAUGAUAUGCCGAAUCUGGGAGACGCCAUGGUCACUUCAGACGUCAGAAAUUUCGCCAAGACGUCCUCCAAACGAGUCGAGGGCUCCAGUGAUGAAAAAGAGAGAGAAAAAGAGAAAGAAAAGGAGAAAGAAAAAGAGAAAGAAAAAGAGAAAGAAAAAGAGAAAGAAAAAGAGAAAGAAAAAGAAAUUAAAGAGGCGAGAAGAUCUGAGAAAUCAGAAGCAAAAUCCCUGAACGUGAGAGCGGAAAUAUUGGACGACUGGAGUGACUCUUCGAGUUCAUCUUCGAGACGUCAGCAGAAGGACAAGAAGACGAGAGGAUCGAAAUCGAUAGUCGAGGGGUCCGAUGAGGAGAUGAAGACGAUUUUAGAAUCAGAGAAGCAGCAGAAAUCGCAGCCGAGCGAUUUGAAAGGCAAACCGGUGGAAAAAAUUAUGAAACGUCCUAAAUCUGUGAUGAGUGAUAAAUCUAAACAGAAUUUAAGAGAUUCAGACAAUAAAUCGAUUGGUAAGGAAGCUGAAAAGGCCAAGCCCCCGAGGGAGAGUGAAAAAAUAGAAAAAUCGAGGAAAGAUGACAGAGAAAAGCCACGAGUUCCUUCUGGUGUUGGAGACGAGUCUCCGAUAGAAGGUGACGAUGAGGACGAGGAGAUCUCCACGAGGCGAAAGGGUACAUCGAGGAGAAGUAAAAAAAUGAGCAGCAGAAGGAGCAACAAGUCCUCGUCCCGGAGUAGAUCGAGAUCAAAAAGAGCACUGAGAUCGAGCUCUCGAGAUUCAACACCAGAGCUCGAGAGAUUGAAGAAGAGGCCGCGCUCUGGGAGUUCUACAAGCUCGAUAAACAGUCGGAGGAGAGCCCUGGUUGCCAGGAAUGAGUCACACCCGAAUAAACACAAGAAGAAACAGCAAUUUGUGGAGAGGGGUCGAGAGGAGAUGAUGAAUUGUAGAGUUAAAAUUGUUGACUGCAAUUAUCUGCUGUCAUUACAACCAGAGGCACAUCCCCAGGUGUUUAAAAAAUUCGGUAUAUCUAGGAUAAACUCAGGUGCACCUAGAUGUGGAGUUUUGAUUGACGAGAAGAGCAGGAGUGAGGAUGAUUUUCCACCGAUGAUUGUUGUUGAGGUUGAUGACAACGUUGGGAGUUCGUCAGCUGUUGAAUUAAUUGAAGAGGCCAUUGAUCAAGACGAUAAAAUGUCGGAUAAGUCUGAUUGCCUUGGGUUUCCACUGUCACCCAGUGGUGAAGAAGUUGCUAAAAGUGUCAAGAGCAAUGAGAUAAAUGCCAAAGGACCCAAGGGGACUGAUGGGACCUGUGAGGUAGAUGUCGAGAUUAUUGAUAUCAAGGAGGAGCCCAUCAUCAGGACAGACAGCAGUGCUGAGGAGGGGGCUGGAGCCCCUGGGGAUGAGCCUGACAGGGAUGACAAGGGAAAGGAUGGAAAACUUCUGGGGGAUGAGGGGCCUUGUGAGGAAAAGGCUGAUGACAGGGACCGGAUGAGGUACACUGUUCACAAUGGACCUGUCCUGGAUAUCAAAGUAUUUGGUGAUUCAUUCCUUGCGGCUAGUGAGGACGGUGCUAUCUACAGAUACAGUCAGAAAUCAAAUGGAAUAUUGAAUAUUUAUCGUGGACAUGAAGCUGCUGUCACGUGUCUCUAUGUCCACGAAAUUCCUGGGAUCACUGAGAGCAAAAAGUGGUUGCUAUUCUCUGGCUCGCUUGAUGCUAGUUUACGGUGCUACGACGUCAUGGGAGGGACACUAGAUCGUCCCAAAGUGACUGUUGGCAGUCCCAUCCAGUGUAUGGAUGAAGCCUGGGGGAGCAUUUUCAUUGGAACUAAAUCUGGCCAUAUUUCACGUUAUGACAUCAAGACCGGAAGUUUGAGAGAGGACAAAUUAGAUUUCUCUGACAAGCCGGUGCUCGCUCUGCGAGCCUCGACUGAAGGCAUACGAAAAAUCCUGAUCGUUGCAGCACGCAAUCAACCGAUUACCAUUCGAGAUGCUCAGAGUGGUCUCUUUCUUCGGACACUCACUGGACAGAGAACUCACACUGUCUACAGCCUCAUGAGGGACAGGGACCUCGUAUACUGCGGAACAAGCAGCACUUCUAUUCCUGUAUUCGAUUUUAUUAGUGGAGAUCAAGUCGCGCAGUACACGGCAGGUGUUGGCAUCGUGUGCAUGAGACUUUAUCACCAAUUACUAUUUGCUGGCUGUUAUGAUGGGAAUAUUUAUGUUUUCGAUACCAAGGAACCAAAGUUAGUUUGCAGUAUCCCAGGCCCUGGAAAUAUGCUACUGAGCAUGGAAAUAAUUGAUGAUACAAUAAUUGCAGGGAGCAAAGAUCGUCAAUUACACGCAUGGCGUAUGCCUCCCUCAGUCCGUACAAUUCUUCUUGAAAGGACCUAGCAAAUGCUCAGAGCUCAUAAAUUUAAGUGCCUAGAAAGUCUAGUCAAACGUAUAAAAACUCAAAAAUUGAAUGCAGAAAUCCAAAAGUUGAUAUGCGUCUGCCUGACCCAGAACAAAUCGUGAAAAAGUGUAUAAUAGUAUAAAUAUUGCACAUACGUCUUAACUUUUUUUGUACAAAGAUAAUUCAACAGAGCUGAUAAACACCAUAAAAAAUGUAAAGAAAUCGUUCUCUAAUAGUCAUAAAUAAUGUUGGUUUGUAAGUUGAAAAGAAUCGAUAGAUUAGAACAGUAUUUUUUUUUUCUCGUUCAGUGAUUUAUUUUCCUGGAAGAGUUGGGGCUGAUAAAUGGAUGUUGAUAUCAUUUAUUAUAGUGCCAAAUGUACCGCUAUUUCUGUUUAAUGUUCAGCAUGUUUAUGUAGUGAAUAAUGUGUUGAAUACAAAUGUAUGAGAAAAGUACAUGAGAUGCAUAGAAUCAAGGGUCCACUAGUGAAAAAGGGAAACAUCACUAAAAAAAAUGAAUAUCAAUCUUUUUUUUAUUAUGUGAAAAUUAUAGAAAAAAUACAUUUGAAUAGAGGUUCUAAAUAAAUCUCCAUUUUCAAUUAAUUCUCUUAA